UCUUCCUUCCUCAGCUCCGAUACAGCUCCAGACUUCCCAUCGCCUUUGUUAUACCCCCCACCCCACCCCGUCUGCCCCUCUGGGGGGCACGUGUGUGAGUUCUCUUGCAGACUGUCAGAAAUUUCCUUCCACUCUGUGGGCAGGCGACAGAUUUUUCAAAAACUGCUUCCCUUUAUUUUCCGUUUCACUCCCUUACCUCCUCCUGCCUUCCUUCCCCCUUUUUUCUUUUGACUGCUCCCUCUUUCCCCUUCAAUUUCACUGUCUCGCCUCUCCCCUCGCUCGGUUCCCCUCCCCCCACAUGUUUGCUCUUUUAAAAUCAUUCAAGGAUGUCUCUGGAAUACUAGCACACUCUCCCCAUUCAGCCGAGCGCGGGACUCUGCAUUAAUUCCAGAGCAAUGUUCUGUGAUGGUGCCCGAGAUGCGUGGACUGAGCCCAGGCCGCAGGCUGCCGGAGCCCACGCCCUGCCCGGCUGUGGGGGGCAGCCCUGAGCCCCGGCCCCCGGGACACCGCUGCCACCACGUGCUGGCCCUGCCCGAGGAGGAGGCAUGGCGGCCCCAGCAGUGCGCCCUGCUCGAGGCCGAGGCCUCCGACGAGGCGGGCAUGCUGCCGGCCUCCCCGCGCACCGCCGCCUCCGGCUUCGACAACUUCUUCCCGGUGCAGGAGGGCGAGGGCCCUGGCUGGGAGGGCGGCUCCAGCCCCUUCCUCCCUGUGAGCCCGGAGGUGAUGAAGCGGCGGCGCGGAGGCCUCAUCGAGCAGCGUGACAUCAUCAAGGCUCACGAGGCGCACAAGAUGCAGAGCACCCCGCAGGCCCGGCGCAAGGAGUGGGAGAUGGCUCGCUUCGGGGAGGCGGUGGUCGGCAGGCCGGGGUCGGGUGAUGGAGACUCGGACCAGAGCAGGAACCGGCAAGGAACCCCGGUGCCGGCCUCCGGGCCGGCAGCCGCCUACAAGCAGUCGAAAGCGCAGAGGGCGCGGACUAUGGCUUUGUACAACCCCAUUCCCGUCCGGCAGAACUGUUUCACCGUCAACAGAUCCCUGUUCAUCUUCGGAGAAGAUAACAUUGUCAGGAAAUACGCCAAGAAGCUCAUCGAUUGGCCGCCGUUUGAGUACAUGAUCCUGGCUACCAUCAUUGCCAACUGCAUCGUCUUGGCCUUGGAGCAGCAUCUUCCUGAGGACGACAAGACCCCGAUGUCCCGCAGACUGGAGAAGACAGAACCGUACUUUAUUGGGAUCUUUUGCUUUGAAGCUGGGAUCAAAAUUGUGGCCCUGGGGUUCAUCUUCCAUAAGGGCUCGUACCUCCGCAAUGGCUGGAAUGUCAUGGACUUCAUUGUGGUCCUCAGUGGCAUCCUGGCCACCGCAGGAACCCACUUCAACACACACGUGGACCUGAGAACACUCCGGGCCGUGCGUGUUCUGAGGCCCCUGAAGCUCGUGUCGGGGAUACCUAGCCUGCAGAUUGUGUUGAAGUCCAUUAUGAAGGCCAUGGUGCCCCUUCUGCAAAUCGGCCUCCUGCUCUUCUUUGCCAUCCUGAUGUUUGCUAUCAUUGGCCUGGAGUUCUACAGCGGGAAGCUGCACCGCGCGUGCUUCACGAACAAUUCAGGUAUUCUAGAAGGAUUUGACCCCCCUCACCCAUGUGGCGUGCAGGGCUGCCCCGCUGGUUAUGAAUGCCGGGACUGGAUCGGCCCCAACGAUGGGAUCACCCAGUUUGAUAACAUCCUUUUUGCUGUGCUGACUGUCUUCCAGUGUAUCACCAUGGAAGGGUGGACCACCGUGCUGUACAACACCAAUGAUGCCUUAGGAGCCACCUGGAAUUGGCUGUACUUCAUUCCCCUCAUCAUCAUUGGCUCCUUCUUUGUUCUCAACCUAGUCCUGGGAGUGCUUUCCGGGGAAUUUGCCAAAGAGAGAGAGCGAGUGGAGAACCGGAGAGCGUUUAUGAAACUGCGGCGCCAGCAGCAGAUUGAGCGGGAGCUGAAUGGGUACCGCGCCUGGAUAGACAGAGCAGAGGAAGUCAUGCUUGCUGAAGAAAAUAAAAAUUCUGGAACAUCAGCCUUAGAAGUGCUUCGAAGGGCGACCAUCAAACGGAGCCGCACGGAGGCCAUGACCCGAGACUCCAGCGACGAGCACUGCGUUGAUAUCUCCUCCGUGGGCACACCUCUUGCCCGAGCCAGCAUCAAAAGUGCAAAGGUGGACGGGGCCUCCUACUUCCGACACAAGGAAAGGCUUCUGCGUAUCUCUGUCCGUCACAUGGUUAAAUCCCAGGUGUUUUACUGGAUUGUGCUGAGCCUCGUGGCUCUCAACACCGCCUGUGUGGCCAUCGUCCACCACAACCAGCCCCCGUGGCUCACUCACCUCCUCUACUAUGCAGAAUUUUUGUUUCUGGGACUCUUCCUCUUGGAGAUGUCCCUGAAGAUGUACGGCAUGGGGCCUCGCCUUUAUUUUCACUCUUCUUUCAACUGCUUUGAUUUUGGGGUCACCGUGGGCAGUAUCUUCGAAGUGGUCUGGGCCGUCUUCAGACCUGGUACCUCUUUUGGAAUCAGUGUCUUACGAGCUCUCCGGCUCCUAAGAAUAUUUAAAAUAACCAAGUACUGGGCAUCCCUGCGGAAUCUGGUGGUCUCCUUGAUGAGUUCCAUGAAGUCGAUCAUCAGUUUGCUCUUCCUCCUCUUCCUCUUCAUCGUCGUCUUUGCCCUCCUGGGAAUGCAGCUCUUUGGAGGCAGGUUUAACUUUAAUGAUGGGACUCCCUCGGCAAACUUUGACACCUUCCCUGCAGCCAUCAUGACUGUAUUCCAGAUCCUGACAGGUGAGGACUGGAACGAGGUGAUGUACAACGGGAUCCGCUCGCAGGGCGGCGUCAGCUCUGGCAUGUGGUCAGCUAUCUAUUUCAUCGUGCUCACCUUGUUUGGAAACUACACGCUUCUGAACGUGUUCUUGGCCAUCGCCGUGGACAAUCUGGCCAACGCCCAGGAGCUGACGAAGGAUGAGCAGGAAGAAGAGGAGGCUUUCAACCAGAAACAUGCACUGCAGAAGGCCAAGGAGGUCAGCCCGAUGUCUGCACCCAACAUGCCUUCUAUGGAAAGAGACAGAAGGAGAAGACACCACAUGUCGAUGUGGGAGCCACGCAGCAGCCACCUGAGGGAGCGAAGACGCCGACACCACAUGUCGGUGUGGGAGCAGCGCACCAGCCAGCUGAGGAGGCACAUGCAGAUGUCCAGCCAGGAGGCCCUCAACAAAGAGGAGGCCCCACCCAUGAACCCCCUCAACCCCCUCAACCCCCUCAGCCCCCUGAACCCGCUCAACGCCCACCCCAGCCUCUAUCGGAGACCCAGGCCCGUGGAGGGCCUGGCCUUGGGCCUGGAGAAGUGCGAGGAAGAGCGCAUCAGCCGCGGGGGGUCCCUCAAGGGGGACGCAGGGGACCUCUCAAGUGCCCUGGACAACCAGAAGAGCCCCUUGUCCCUGGGCAAGCGGGAGCCGCCGUGGCUGGCCAGGCCGUGUCAUGGGAACUGUGACCCGACCCAGCAGGAAGCUGGGGGAGGGGAGAGCGUGGUGACCUUCGAGGACCGGGCCAGGCACAGGCAGAGCCAGAGGCGCAGCCGGCACCGCCGUGUCAGGACGGAAGGCAAGGAGCUCUCCUCCGCCUCCCGGAGCAGGUCUGCCAGCCAGGAGCGGAGCCUGGAUGAUGGUGUGCCCACCGAGGGGGAGAAGGACCGUGAGCCCAGGGGCGGCCACGGGGGCAAGGAGCCCACCAUCCAGGAAGAAGAGAGAGUUCAGGACUUAAGGAGGACCAACAGUCUGAUGGUGGGCAGAGGCUCCGGGCUGGCAGGGGCCCUUGACGAGGCCGACACACCCCUCGUCCUGCCCCAACCAGAGCUGGAAGUGGGGAAGGACAUGCCACAGACAGAGCAGGAGCCAGAGGGCAGCAGUGAGCAAGCCCUGCUGGGGGACGUGCCCCUGGACGUGGGCAGGGUCAUCAGCCAGAGUGAGCCCGACCUCUCCUGCGUCACAGCCAACACGGACAAGGCCACCACCGAGAGCACUAGCGUCACUGUUGCCAUCCCCGACGUGGACCCCUUGGUGGACUCGACCGUAGUGCACAUUAGCAACAAGACUGAUGGUGAAGCCAGUCCCUUGAAGGAGGCGGAGAUCAAAGAGGAGGAGGAGGAGGAAGUUGAGAAGAAGAAGCAGAAGAAGGAGAAGCGUGAGACAGGCAAAGCCAUGGUGCCCCACAGCUCCAUGUUCAUCUUCAGCACCACCAACCCGAUCCGCAGGGCCUGCCACUACAUCGUGAAUCUGCGCUAUUUUGAGAUGUGCAUCCUCCUGGUGAUCGCAGCCAGCAGCAUUGCCCUGGCGGCCGAGGACCCCGUCCUGACCAACUCAGAGCGCAACAAAGUGCUGAGGUAUUUUGACUACGUUUUCACUGGCGUGUUCACCUUUGAGAUGGUUAUAAAGAUGAUCGACCAGGGCUUGAUCCUGCAGGAUGGGUCUUACUUCCGAGACCUGUGGAACAUCCUAGACUUUGUGGUGGUGGUCGGUGCACUGGUGGCGUUCGCUUUGGCGAACGCUUUGGGAACCAACAAGGGGCGGGACAUCAAGACCAUCAAGUCUCUGCGGGUUCUCCGCGUGCUGAGGCCACUGAAGACCAUCAAGCGCUUGCCCAAGCUCAAGGCUGUCUUCGAUUGCGUGGUAACUUCUUUGAAAAAUGUCUUCAACAUACUCAUUGUCUACAAGCUCUUCAUGUUCAUCUUUGCUGUCAUCGCAGUCCAGCUUUUCAAGGGAAAGUUCUUUUAUUGCACGGACAGUUCCAAGGACACCGAGAAGGAGUGCAUAGGCAACUACGUCGAUCAUGAGAAAAACAAGAUGGAGGUGAAAGGUCGGGAAUGGAAGCGCCAUGAGUUCCAUUAUGACAACAUUAUCUGGGCCCUGCUGACCCUCUUCACCGUCUCCACAGGGGAAGGAUGGCCUCAGGUCCUACAGCACUCUGUUGAUGUGACAGAGGAAGACCGAGGCCCCAGCCGCAGCAACCGCAUGGAGAUGUCCAUCUUUUACGUGGUCUACUUUGUGGUCUUCCCUUUCUUCUUUGUCAAUAUCUUUGUGGCUCUGAUCAUCAUCACCUUCCAGGAGCAAGGGGACAAGAUGAUGGAGGAGUGCAGCCUGGAGAAGAACGAGAGGGCGUGUAUCGACUUCGCCAUCAGUGCCAAGCCCCUGACUCGCUACAUGCCGCAGAACAGGCACACCUUCCAGUACCGCGUGUGGCACUUCGUGGUGUCGCCGUCCUUCGAGUACACCAUCAUGGCCAUGAUCGCCUUGAACACCGUCGUGCUGAUGAUGAAGUACUACUCUGCUCCCUGUACGUACGAGCUGGCCCUCAAGUAUCUGAACAUCGCCUUCACUGUGGUAUUCUCCCUGGAGUGUGUCCUGAAGGUCAUCGCCUUUGGCUUCUUGAACUAUUUCCGAGACACCUGGAAUAUCUUUGACUUCAUCACCGUGAUUGGCAGUAUCACGGAAAUCAUUCUGACAGACAGUAAGCUGGUGAACACCAGUGGCUUCAACAUGAGCUUUCUGAAGCUCUUUCGAGCCGCCCGCCUCAUCAAGCUUCUGCGUCAGGGCUACACCAUCCGUAUUUUACUUUGGACCUUCGUGCAGUCCUUUAAGGCCCUCCCCUAUGUCUGCCUUUUGAUUGCCAUGCUUUUCUUCAUCUAUGCCAUCAUUGGGAUGCAGGUGUUUGGAAACAUAAAAUUGGAUGAGGAGAGUCACAUCAACCGGCACAACAACUUCCGGAGUUUCUUUGGGUCCCUCAUGCUCCUCUUCAGGAGUGCCACGGGGGAGGCCUGGCAGGAGAUCAUGCUGUCGUGCCUCGGGGAGAAAGGUUGUGAGCCGGACAUUACGGCCCCCUCAGGGCAGAACGAGAACGAGCGCUGCGGCACCGAUCUGGCCUACGUCUACUUUGUCUCUUUCAUCUUCUUCUGCUCCUUCUUGAUGCUGAACCUGUUUGUGGCCGUCAUCAUGGACAACUUUGAGUACCUGACGCGGGACUCGUCCAUCCUGGGGCCGCACCACCUGGAUGAGUUUGUCCGCGUCUGGGCAGAAUAUGACAGAGCUGCAUGUGGCAGGAUCCCGUAUAAGGAUAUGUACAAAUUAGUGCGGGUGAUCUCGCCGCCUCUGGGCCUGGGAGAGAACUGCCCCUACAGGGUGGCUUGCAAGAGGUUGGUCCUGAUGAAUAUGCCAGUAGCUGAGGACAUGACCGUCCACUUCACUUCCACCCUCAUGGCUCUGAUUCGGACAGCCCUGGACAUCAAAAUCGCCAAAGGGGGUGCUGAUAGGCAGCAACUAGACUCCGAGCUCCAGAAGGAGACCCUGGCCAUCUGGCCUCACCUGUCCCAGAAGCUGCUGGAUCUGCUCGUGCCCAUGCCCAAAGCUUCUGACCUGACUGUGGGCAAAAUCUAUGCAGCCAUGAUGAUCAUGGACUACUACAAACAGAGUAAGGUGAAGAAGCAGCGACAGCAGCUGGAGGAACAGAAAAAUGCACCCAUGUUCCAGCGCAUGGAGCCCUCCUCUCUGCCUGAGGAGAUCAUCGCCAAUGCCAAAGUUCUGCCUUACCUCCAGCAGGACCCCGUUCCAGGCCUGAGUGGCCGGAGUGCAUACCCUGCGGUGAGUCCGCUCUCUCCCCAGGAAAUAUUCCAGUUGGCUUGUAUGGACCCAGCCGAUGAUGGACAGUUCCAGGAACAGCAAUCUCUGGAGCCAGAGGUUAGUGAAUUUAAAAGCGCGCAGCCCUCUAACCAUGACAUCUACCUUCCUCCGGACACCCAGGAGCAUGCGGGAUCUGGGAGGGCAUCCUCUAUGCCACGCCUGACUGUGGAUCCCCAGGUGGCCACAGACUCCAGCUCCAUGAGACGUUCAUUUUCCACUAUUCGGGAUAAGCGUUCAAAUUCCUCAUGGCUGGAGGAAUUCUCCAUGGAGCGAAGCAGUGAAAACACGUACAAGUCACGUCGCCGGAGUUACCACUCCUCCCUGCGGCUGUCAGCCCAUCGCCUGAACUCGGACUCAGGCCACAAGUCCGACACCCACCGCUCAGGGGGCAGAGAGCGAGGACGAUCGAAAGAGCGAAAGCAUCUUCUCUCUCCCGAUGUCUCCCGCUGCAACUCAGAGGAGCGAGGGACCCAGGCCGACUGGGAGUCCCCAGAGCGUCAUCAGUCCAGGUCUCCAAGUGAGGGCAGGUCACAGACUCCCAACAGACAGGGCACUGGUUCCUUGAGUGAAAGCUCCAUCCCCUCCAUGUCUGACACCAGCACCCCAAGAAGAAGUCGUCGGCAGCUGCCCCCGGUCCCUCCGAAGCCUCGGCCCCUCCUUUCCUACAGCUCCCUGAUUCGACAUGCGGGGAGCAUCUCUCCCCCAGCCGAUGGAAGCGAGGGCGGCUCCCCAUUGACCUCCCAAGCCCUGGAGAGCAAUGACGCCGCCGGCUUGCCCGAGGCUUCCAGCUCCCGGCACACACGGCAGGGCCAGCACCCUUCCCCACAGCGCUACAUCUCCGAGCCCUACCUGGCCCUGCACGAAGACUCCCACACCUCAGACUGUGGCGAGGAGGAGACGCUCACCUUCGAAGCAGCCGUGGCCACCAGCCUGGGCCGUGCCAACACCAUCAGCUCAGCCCCGCCCCUGCGGCACAGCUGGCAGAUGCCCAAUGGGCACUAUCGGCGGCGGAGGCGUGGGGGGCCGGGGCCAGGCAGGAUGUGUGGAGCUGUCAGCGACCUCCUGAGUGACACGGAAGAAGAUGACAAAUGCUAGAGGCUGCUCCCCCCUCCGAUGCAUGCUCUUCUCUCACACGGAGAAAUCCAAGACCGAAUUGGGAAGCCGGUGCGGCCCGGGGGGGAGGAAGAGGGAGGAAGAAGAUGGAGGGACACCGUGCGUUAUCGGAGACGAGGAAGGAAAGGACCAAAGGCAAACCAGUCAAACCCACCACAUUGCAAGAUGGCCACUGCCAUAGUUCUGCCUCUUUGCUGGGGAAAGAAACUACAAGAACAGGGAGGGUCAUUCCCAUGGGAGAGAGGACGGCAGGAUGGCCUGCUUCUUCUGUCCCUUUCCACUUUUCUAAGAGCCGUGGAGGAAUCGAGCUGGCCUGUUUCUACACCCAUUGCCCUGAGAGGCCUGGAAGACUUUUGGCCUCUUAACUGGGGAGCUGUGGAGACCACAGGAGAAGAGUCUCCUUCCUCCCUCGCCAGCACCAUUGUCACCAGGCCAAUUGCUGCAGCCUCCCGUGCAUCACCCUGUGGCUUGCUUCCCCGAAGAAGCAUAGACUAAGUCCAGGAGCACCCGACGCCAAGAGUAGGGGCAGGGAGGGAGGAAGAGCUGACGUGGAGGGGGUCACGAUGCUGUGGCAGCAGCAGCAAGGGCUGGUCUGGAUGCGCAAAGCCAUAGCCCGGCAGCCCACACUGUGGUGGAGAGGGUCAAAGAAGCAGAGGGCCGGUGGUGCUGGCCUGUCACCCACACAGUAGGUGCUUUGAGUGUUAGAAUAAGCUAAGGAGGUCCCCCAGGGUGCACAGAUGUGCCUGGGGCUCAGGUAAGGGUGAGAUUUUCAAAGUCUUUACCACCCAUAUGGCCAGGGCACCAGCUGAUGAUAAUGGAGUCCGGCCUUCGUGCUGGAGCCCCGUGUCACGCCUCAGCCCCCGUGAUGCUGGUCACGGGGAGCCCUGAGGGAGGGGUCAGUGUGGCAGGGGCACUUAAGGGACUCCAGGCAGAGUCUGUUCCCACCAGCACAGAAGUAAUUCAGUAUGGGGAACAGUGCUGAGGCAGCACAUACUGGCCGGAAAUCAGCCCAGACUCUGGUCCAGGAGGCAGCGGGAACAGUGCUAUGCCAGGGCCCCAGCCUUCCCGGCCAUCCCCAGAGAGGACAGCCUAUCCAAGGUGGGCCACACGUCCGCUAGUAGGGACUUCUGUAGAGGGGACAGAUUGAAAGAAAAGCGGCUUUGGGGAGAGUCGGGCGGAGUUCACUGAGGACCUCCUGCAAGGAGGGACCCUCUGUCCAGAGCUCCUACCGCUGGUUUGUGGUUGAGGGUCAGUGUGUCAGGAAAUGUUCGUAAAUAUACCUCAGCUUAGACCUGGGCUGAUCCUUCUAGCAAAGCAGGCUCUGAUGGGGCCUUGUCACAUUGUGUGACAAGACUGGGGCCCUGACUAUUUCUUUCUCUGGGCCAGGACUAUGCUUUACCCCCUCCCCAGAGUAAAAGCUGAGCAGAAGACAGCCUCAGGCUAUCCCUCAAAACUCAGAAGCAUUAAGAAAAAGAGCCCUUACUUGGCGAAUCGGUGUUCCUUUAGUAUCAUUGUCCAUUUGGCAGAACAUCAUUGUCUUUACCUGGUAGAAAUGGACCGUCCCCUUAAGUCCCUCCCCAGUCCCCCAGCACCAUCACAGCAGGUGGAAGGGUCCCCUGGAGAAAAGUGCCACGCAGGGCCCUCCUUUCCCAACCAGGAGCAGAUGGGCCCAGAGGCUUCUGGACUGAGAUCACAGUGGAUAAACACGUUUCUCCUCCUCCAGCCCAGACUCCGCCUCUUACGUAGGAGUAGCCUGGGGCUAUUAUUUUUCUUAUGAAGUUUUGCUUUUCGGGUUUGUUUGUUUGUUUUCCAGUUGAAAUAAGGCAUUGCCACAUCAGCUCUGAAAAGCCAAAUCCAACCGUGUGGCUGCAAAUUCAUUUGUCAUGGCCCUGCCUUCUCUUUUAGAUAUUAAUGGUGCCUCGGGACCCUCGGCCCACCCCCAAACCAAAGUCGUCCCAGGGCAGGAGAGCAAUGAGGCAGAGAAGAAGGCCGCCCCCCAUCUCAGACCCUCUUUCAUUUUUCCUCUCCCACUAGGCCGUCGCUGGGCAUAUGAACAUGACUAUACAACACCCGAGUCCUAACAGGCGUGAUUGUUACAUAAGACUCUGACGCUGGGCCUUGUAUCCUAAAGGUUCCCUCUGCUCAGCGUCAUUUCAUGCCAAAGUGUUGCUAUGGGCAGCCUUGUGUGCACAAGAUUGCUUUCUUCCACCUUGGAAACGCAGCUUGCCCUAGGGACAGGACUACAACAGCACGGCCAUUCUGACCCAACCAGUCUAUUGCUUUGUUUUGAGAAAGGGAAUUGAAGUGAUAACCUUGAGCCGUUUCACAGUAGGAGAAAUUUGGGCUGGCAGAGCGCUUAACCGGAAAUGGAAUCUGCCUCCAAACAGCAUUGCGGACACUAAAUGUACUGUGCCAGGAAACCAUCCUGGACAGCGGAACACCUCACACACAUACAUUUGAGUCCUGAUUCAAGUGGCAGAAAGUAGACAUGGUCCUCUGACCAGUUACCUGGGUGUUUUAUUCUAGUUCCAGUAAACGUAUGAAUUCUUUUAUUCAGCUUCCCCGGACCAAGAAAUCAGGUUUCUCAUCCCAUCGCCUGCCUUUUCCUUUCUAUUAAUACCAGAAAAGAAAAGAAUU